AGUACGUUCUCUCUCUCCCAGCCACCAAUGACGAGAAAGAAGGUGAAGUUGGCUUACAUCAACAACGACUCCUCUCGAAAAGCCACUUUCAAGAAGAGGAAGAAGGGUCUGCUAAAGAAGGUGAGCGAGCUGAGCACGCUGUGUGCUGUCGACGCGUGUGCAAUCAUCUACAGUCCUUACGAGGCUCAGCCGGCGGUAUUCCCGUCGACGGCGGGGGUCAACCGUAUCUUGGCAAGGUUCAAGAAGAUGCCGGAGAUCGAGCAAAGCAAGAAGAUGGUGAACCAAGAAGCGUUCCUGAAGCAAAAGAUCGGCAAGGUGAACGAGCAGGUGAAAAAGCUGAGGAAAGAGAAUCGCGAGAAGGAGAUGAACCGACUCAUGUACUCCAAUCUCUGCGGUAAGACCAAUCUCCUAGGCUUAACUGUCACGGAUUUAAAUGAUCUCACUUGGCUUAUUGAUCAGAACUUGAAGGAUAUUAAUAAGAGGAUAGAGAAUGUGGCCAAGAAUACGACCUCUGCUCGGAUGGCGGCUGCGGCUGCAACAGCGCCGGUCGUGAAUGGGAAUUUCGAUGGGGAAGUGAAAGCUAAUGUGGUUGCUCCGAUGGUGAACGUCGAUAACAAUGGUGUCAAUGGCGCCGUGCAGAGGCAGCAGUGGCGGGUCGACUAGGCCAACUCUCAAGAAUCCAGUUAAUAAUAAUGCUGCGAGAUUAGGUGGAAAUGGCAUGAUUUUGCCAGUUGGGGACAAGAACAACGGCUGUGCUACUCUAUUGUUUAGAUUUAGUCAUGGUGAUUGGAGUUAUUUGUGUUUGGAGUUAUUUGUCUUCUGUAGUUGGUCAUGUUAUGUUAUGUUGAGUUAAUUUGUUUUAUGUUUUAAUUAAGUAAUGUCAGUGUUGUCUUGUUAUGUAGUUUCUUCUAAAAUGAAACUUUUGAGUAUUGGAUUUUGAGGUUAAGAAAUUGGAUUUUGUUUCGUGCUCAUGGUGCCUCAUGUUGUAAAUUUACAAGACCAAGCAAUACUAAAUG